CUCCCCGACCACCCCGCUCUAUCUCGCCCCUCCUCCUCCCGCUCUCACUUCAGAUCUCGCGAGAGCUCCGAGGCAGCGGCCCAGGGCCAACAUGGCGGAAGAAGAGGUGGCCAAACUGGAAAAACAUCUGAUGCUUCUCCGUCAGGAAUAUGUCAAGUUGCAGAAGAAGCUGACUGAGACGGAGAGGAAAUGCACUCUCUUGGCCGCUCAGUCUAACAAGGAGAGUGCCAGUGACUCCUUCAUCAGUCGGCUGCUUGCCAUCGUAGCAGAGUUGUAUGAGCAGGAGCAAUACAGUGACCUGAAGAUAAAGGUUGGAGACAGGCGCAUCAGCGCUCACAAAUUUGUAUUGGCAGCUCGCAGCGAGACUUGGAGCCUGGCCAACCUGGUGUCUACGGAGGAGCUGGAUCUGUCAGAUGCUGACCCGGCCGUGACAACGGCGAUGUUGCGUUGGAUCUAUACAGAUGAGCUGGAGCUGAGAGAAGAUGACGUGUUCCUGACCGAGCUGAUGAAACUGGCAAACAGGUUUCAGCUACAGCUCCUCAGGGAAAGGUGUGAAAAAGGAGUCAUGUCACUUGUGAACGUCAGAAACUGCAUCCGCUUCUAUCAAACAGCUGAGGAGCUGAAUGCCAGCACUUUGAUGAACUACUGUGCAGAGAUAAUUGCUAGUCAUUGGGAUGAUUUGAGGAAAGAAGACUUUGGCAGUAUGAGUGCUCAGCUAUUGUAUAAAAUGAUCAAAUCCAAAACAGAGUUUCCUUUGCACAAAGCUAUUAAAGUGGAGAGAGAAGACGUCGUUUUCCUGUAUCUUAUUGAAAUGGAUUCGCAGCUGCCUGGGAAGCUAAACGAAGUAGAUCACAACGGAGAUCUUGCUUUAGAUCUGGCACUUUCUCGAAGACUGGAAAGCAUUGCAACCACCCUGGUUAACCACAAGGCAGAUGUGGACAUGGUGGACAAGAAAGGCUGGAGCUUGCUGCAUAAAGCUAUUCAAAGGGGAGAUAAAUUUGCUGCUAGCUUCCUUGUUAAAAACGGUGCCCGGGUGAAUGCUGCAACCUUGGGAGACCAGGAGACUCCCUUGCACCUCGUGGCCUCCUACAGCCCCAAGAAGCACAAGCCGGACAUCAUGGCAGAGAUGGCACAGAUAGCAGAGUCCCUCUUGAAGGCAGGAGCCAAUCCGAACAUGCAGGACAGCAAAGGAAGGACUCCACUGCAUGCCUCCAUCGUUGUGAGAAAUGACCCAGUAUUCAGCCAGCUGCUCCAGUGCAAGCAACUCGAUUUGGAACUGAAGGAUCAUGAAGGAAGCACUGCUUUGUGGCUGGCUGUUCAGUAUAUCACGGUGUCUUCUGACCCGUCCGUCAACCCCUUUGAGGAUGUCCUGGUGGAAAACGGCACUUCCUUUGAUGAGAACAGCUUUGCAGCCAGGCUCAUCCAGCGGGGCAGCAAUACGGACGCUCCCGACACAGCGACCGGAAACUGCUUGCUGCAAAGAGCAGCAGGGGCAGAAAACGAGGCUGCCGCUCUGUUCCUGGCAACUCAUGGGGCCAAAGUUAACCACCGGAAUAAAGCGGGGGAGACCCCGCUGCACACAGCUUGCCGGCAUGGCCUAGCCAACCUCACGGCAGAGUUGCUGCAGCAAGGAGCAAAUCCUAAUAUCCAGACGGAGAAAGCCAUGCCUGCCCAGAAGGGGACAGCGACGCCCAGCACGGCAGAUAACGUCAGCCUGCAAACUCCUCUUCACAUGGCAAUAGCUUAUAACCACCCGGAUGUGGUGUCCGUCAUACUGGAGCAAAAAGCAAAUGCCCUUCAUGCUACCAACAAUCUGCAGAUCAUUCCUGACUUCAGUCUCAAGGACUCCAGAGACCAAACAGUCCUGGGAUUAGCUUUAUGGACAGGAAUGCACACUAUUGCUGCUCAGCUGCUUGGCUCUGGGGCCUCCAUCAAUGACACGAUGUCAGACGGGCAGACUCUGCUGCACAUGGCAAUACAGAGGCAGGACAGCAAGAGCGCCCUCUUCCUCUUGGAGCACCAGGCAGAUAUCAGCGUCAGGACUCAGGAUGGGGAGACGGCCCUCCAGCUGGCCAUCAAAAACCAGCUCCCUCUUGUGGUCGAUGCUAUCUGCACUCGGGGAGCAGACAUGUCUGUGCCAGACGAUAGAGGGAACCCUCCGCUCUGGCUCGCUCUGGAAAACAACCUGGAAGAUAUUGCUUCGACUCUGGUGAGACACGGUUGCGAUGCAACGUGUUGGGGUCCAGGACCGGGAGGCUGCUCACAGACUCUGCUGCACAGGGCCAUCGAUGAGAACAGCGAGCAGAUCUCCUGCUUCCUUAUCCGCAGCGGCUGCGACGUCAACAGCCCGAGGCAGCCAGGGGCCAACGGCGAGGGCGAUGAGGAAGCCCGCGAUGGACAGACGCCCUUGCACUUGGCGGCUUGUUGGGGCCUUGAAGAAACAGUGCAGUGCCUUCUAGAGUUUGGAGCCAAUGUAAAUGCACAGGAUGCAGAAGGGAGAACGCCCAUCCACGUUGCCAUUAUCAACCAGCACGGUGUCAUUAUCCAGCUGAUGAUCUCGCACCCGGAAAUCCAGCUCGGCAUACGGGACCGGCAAGGCAUGACCCCUUUCGCCUGCGCCAUGACGUACAAGAACAACAAGGCAGCAGAGGCGAUCCUGAAGCGGGAACCGGGAGCGGCCGAGCAGGUGGACAACAAAGGCCGGAACUUCCUCCACGUGGCCGUUCAGAGUUCCGAUAUUGAGAGCGUGCUCUUCUUGAUCAGUGUCCAGGCAAACGUCAAUUCCAGGGUCCAGGACGCCUCCAAGCUAACUCCGUUGCAUCUUGCCGUGCAGGCUGGCUCUGAAAUCAUUGUGCGUAACCUGCUGCUUGCGGGCGCCAAAGUCAACGAGCUGAACAAGCACCGCCAGACAGCCCUCCAUCUCGCUGCCCAGCAAGACCUUCCCACCAUUUGCUCGGUUCUCCUGGAGAACGGAGUGGACUUUGCAGCUGUGGAUGAAAACGGGAACAACGCCCUGCACCUGGCAGUGAUGCAGGGACGUCUGACUAACAUCCGGGCCCUCCUGACAGAGUGCACUGUGGACGCAGAAGCUUUUAACCUCAGGGGUCAGUCCCCGAUGCACAUCCUGGGGCAAUACGGGAAGGACAAUGCGGCAGCCAUCUUUGACCUCUUCCUGGAAUGUAUGCCAGAGUAUCCUCUCGACAAGCCAGACGCUGAAGGGAACACCGUGCUUCUCUUGGCCUACAUGAAGGGAAACGCCAACUUGUGCCGGGCCAUUGUGAGAGCCGGCGCUCGCCUGGGCGUCAACAACAACCAAGGCGUCAACAUCUUCAACUAUCAAGUUGCAACCAAACAGCUUCUCUUCCGGCUGCUGGACAUGCUGUCCAAAGAACCCCCCUGGUGCGACGGCUCCAAUUGCUACGAAUGCAGCGCCAAGUUUGGGGUCACGACAAGGAAGCAUCACUGCCGGCACUGCGGGCGCCUUCUCUGCCACAAGUGCUCAACCAAGGAGAUCCCCAUCAUCAAAUUCGACUUGAACAAGCCUGUCCGGGUCUGCAACAUCUGCUUUGACGUCUUGACUCUGGGCGGAGUUUCCUAGUUCCCCUACGCAAAGGAGAGUGACUCCAGGGCCACGCCCCUCCUUCCUCCUUGCAAACCGCCUAUCGCAGGGAUGUGGGUUGCAGUGUGCGGGGGGGGGGGCACCUAUUUUGUCUUCCUGUUAACGGCCGAAACUGAUUGACUUAAGGGACCACGCAAACACUAUAUUCCAGUAUAAAUGGGUUUUGUACGAAUGUUAACGCUAGAAAACUGGAUCGGGAACAACUUGGAACUCUUGCAAAGUUGGUGCGAGAACAAAUGUGAACUGAGUGAGAGGCCCUCUCCUUACUCUGGCGCGGGGCAGAGAAAAUGAAAAUUUUGCAUUUGUGGAUCAUGUAACAUAGCAGGCCUGUGCAAAUGGCUGCCGAGCUGUGAGCAGGGCUGCUUCGAAGCCCAAUCACAUUGUGGGGUGCGGGAGGGGUGGGUGUUUGAAUAUUGUGAGCACUUAACAAAUUCCUGGGUAACUCUGUGUGAUGACCAGCCCCUCUUGUUACCUUCCUGGAGAGAAGGUUCUGGUUCCCUCGCUGGCUUUUGUCCUAAAAUGGGCAACUGUGCUAUGCACAGUGAGUGUUCCCUCCCAGAAGAAGCUGCUGUCUUCAAAACAGGGUUUUGUCGUUUAAAUGCAUUUGCUGAAGAAUUCCUUUGUGUGGCCUUACGACAGAAGCUUUACAGUUUCUCCUGCUUGAACAGGAGCUGCAACGGCAGCUCCCAUGCUGUCAGAACGUCGAUAUCUUCCCUUCCCAAUCUGCUCUCUUCCAUGUUAAAAAUAAAAAUUAAAAAAUAGGCAGGAGGAGGAGGAGGAGGACAGACAGAAAGAGAAAGUGAGCUUCGUUACCAAAUUAAAGGCUCCUGGAAGGGAGGAAAAGCUGCUGGCUGGCCCUUUCAGCACAUAUCGAUAACUUUGCAAAUAGUCAUAUGUUUACAGCAGUUUUUGCCAAGCUGGUGCCCGCCAGAUGUUCUGGGCUCCCAUCAGCCCCAGACAACGCAAGUCCAGAUCAUCCGAAGGGCAGCAGCUGGGCAAAGGCUGGUUUACAGCGAUGUUGGAAGGAAGGUCCAGCGGUUUGGACUAGCUCAGCGUUGGGGAACACAGUGUAGGAGCUAGCACAGAGCAUCUGGAUUCGGCUAGUUGCUUUGAUGGACAGGGUGGGACAAGGCAGGGGUGACGGUGGCACAGAGCCUGAUGUGAGGGUGAUGAUCCAGUGGGAGCUGAUCGCAAAGGCAGCCGUGUCCUAGCUGCACCUCUGCUGACCACCCAGAGUUCCCAGCUGUCGUGGUUUUUUCCCUGAGGCCUUCUCCGUUUAAGAUGCUGUUAGUGACUUGGCCCUCUUGAGGAGCUCUGCAUCCAAGCUGCGCUCGCCAAGAUCACUGCAGCUCCAAUGCUAGGCCAGUAUCACCUGGCCUUAACUGGUUUUCUUUUUUUACACACACACACACACACACACAUUUUCUCCACGACGGCUAACUUUGUCCAUUGGGUCCGCUUCUUCCAAAGGAGCACAAGGGGGUCCCUGCGAAAGCAGGCCCUGACGCUGAAGAGGCUGUUUGGGUGCGACUCUGAUACAGCAAGCAAGAAGACGCCCCACGUGCUCCGACGUAAAGCUCUUUGCCUUCUUAGAAACACAACAAAGUCCUGGGAGGUGGACGUGGCAAAGUCUUCUGUCGCUGCUCCAGAACGAAUCGGUUGGGAUGUGUGUCUCUUAACCUUAGUAACCACUACUACUUUUUCAUUCUGUGUACAUAUAUAUAUAUAUAAGGGGGAGAGGAAAAUAUCAUUUAUAACGCCAGAUCUCAUUUUCUUUCUUCCCCUCUGCCCCCCCCUUCUAGAAUACUAAUGUGUCAUCCCCUACUUACAUAUGUUCGUGUGUAAAAAGACCUGAAAAACCACAGUGCUACUUUUUUAUAGGAUAAUAACAGCUUUAUAUGUUCAGUAAAAUCCUGGGCUAUGUGCAGUAAAAGACAACUUGGGUGGGGGGAAUCUCUGAAGACUGAUGCUAAAAACCAUACAUUUCAAGUGGGGUUAGCCCUUCUGACCUCUGUCAGGGGAAGAACUGGAACUCCAAUCCUCUUCAGUUAUGUGUGGGUUUACUGUGUUUUCCGCACCAUCACUUUGUGGGGAGAAUUCCUGCUCGUCUCUGCUCUUCUCUUCCUGCCCCCAGUCCUCUGCUCCAAAAUAAUCUGUCUCAACACCUUCUUGACCUGCCUUUGUCUCUCUGCCCCUGAGGAAUAAGUCAUUUAGGAAGGGGUGACUUUUUCACAAAAGGCUUGUUCCAGAGGAGCGCCGGGGAGGGAAAAAGCAGCAGUGGGACAGUAGCAUUUCACCUGGGAACGGUCUCUUGACACGUCAGGUGGUCACUUCAAGGCCAGUUUAACACUGCACAGGUGCUGGUGAUGGAGCUCGGUCAUGCACCAUGAAUCCGAUCCUCUCUUAAAAGUUUCCCUUUCUAGAUUCACAGGCAUUUCUCUGAACUGGCAUCAUGUGUGUGACUAACCCAAAAAAGCAGAGUAGCGCCCCUUCUGGGUUGUUAGCAUUUGAGCAAAUGAUCCACUGCAAAAGCUGCCUGUGCACACAGCCCCACAGAGCCUGGAAACUGAGAAUGGGGGUGUUUCCAGGAAGGCAGUGCAUUUUGGGGUUCUAGGUGGACUUCGUCGGGUUGCACAAAACUAAUCACUGUAAAGCACUUUUAAUAAAAGUUUUUAAGCCUGAGUCUGCAUGACUGGCCUGAAGAUUGUGUUACCAGGGGAGAAAUCCACCAUAGCCUGUGAAUUGGCUGGAAGAGGCUGCAGCAGGAAUUAGUUCUCCUAGCCUAAGCCUCCUUGUUUCAAACUCCCUUGCAAGGAGAGAAAUGGAUCUUCAGAGAGGAUUCCAACGUCCACCAAAUCUCAUUCUGCUGUAGCUUGCACUGUCAUUUGAUCAGUUGACUUGCUGUGAAAUGGAACCCAAAAUUUUUUGCUGGGGCUUCUGAGUUUGAAAUUCUGAUCUGUAUUUCCCAGUUCGACAAGUGAGGUGAACUUUUAUUACCCGUUCUUGUGGAAGGCUUACUGGCUGCCUGUUACUCCCUGUCUUGGGACUUAAAAACAUGAUCCCUGUUAAAUGUCUGUUUUGUGUUCUGAAGAUGCAUUAACAAAAAUGUGAGGAUUGUAUACAGCUGGGGCUGAGGAGUUCUAGGAGAGUUCCAAAUCGACUUCCAGCAGUGGACUUCCUUUAGUCUAUGCCAAUCCCCCAGCUAGAGCAGGUGUUUGAAACUCGAGGGUAUCUGCACGGUUUGGGGGGCUGGCACUCCAGAAACACUUCUGGUGUUCUGGUGAUAGCUGCCUCUUUGUUAGACCUUUUCAGGGCAAACAUGACUUGCUGAUUUUUCAGACCUACAAGGCUUUUUAGCUUCCCAUCUCGAGAAGGCAAAAUGCAGGAUGCAGGAAAUCCAAACUCCUUCCAAAGCAAUCCAUAGUGACCAAAGCAGAGUUGGGGAGUGUGUGCAUUGAGGAUGCAGAAUGCCUGUUCUUAGCUCCGUGUACCCAACAUCAGCCCACAGCUGUUUUCCCUGUCCUCCUUUCCUUUCUGUUCUGCAUUUUAGGCAGAGGUGUUGAAUGUGACUUGCACUGUGAACUCAGUAGAAGGGAAACCCUUCACUUUUGGUCAGUACCCUUCCAAGUUGUCUUUAAAAAAUAAAAUCUGCAACAGUAGAAGCCGUUGCCCGGUGCCUGAUCAUGGGGAACUUGCCUUUUUGUAAAGUAACUCAACUAACGUUGCUGAAAGAUGACUGAGAUGUCACCAACACAAGAUGAUACUCUGUCAAAGUCCCUUGGCUGCAGCUGCUGUGCUCCCUGGCUUUCUAUUGGGGGGUGGGGAGGUGGGGAAGAGGCCCGGUUUUGGGCAACAAACCACCAUUCCUUUCUUCUAGAAGGUCUCUGUGAACUCCUCUGCUUUCAUCCUGCAAAGCUCAUCAUCGACUAGGCCAAACGCAUUCUCUCUCUUCCCAGGUUUUUUGCACAAGGAAAAUGAGCAACGACAGGAAGUUCACUCUGCUCCUGAUAGCUGGUGGGCUGUGUCCUUCCUACAGGCCUGAUGUGAGUCUGGGUCAAACCAGGCUCAUGGGGCCUUAGAUGCUGCCUGUAUCGUCAUGAAUUGCCACAUUCCAAUAAAAUGUGCUUGUUUGGCAAACCCAGCCAUGCUCAGUCAUGAGGCUGGCCUCUUGACCAUUAACCAGCAGGGAUCACACCUUGUUUUCUUUUUUAGAAGGCAGAAAAUCCAAAGGGCUGCUGCUCAGGAUACCCACCCAUCCAAAACAUCGCUUCUCCAAAACCUAUCUCACGAGUAGAGAUUUGGUCUAACUUAACAUUUUUGUUGUCUAGCAAGUUGCUUUAUUUGGCAGGGCAUUAAUCAAGGACUAGUUUUUGUCUUGGAAAAAGGGGUAAGAGAAUGCAAUAGUGUUGCCUGUGCAAUGGGCAUGCAUUUCGAACUGAACAUUGAGGAAUCUUCCUUCCUCUGACCACCAUACAAACGGCAGUUGAGGUUUUACACCAGUCUGCUGAACUCACUUCAGAGAGCAGGCAAGGGAAUGCUCCUUCAUAUACAAAAGAAAGGCAGGGAGGUUAAUUUAUUUUUCUUUCGUAUAUAGGUCAGCAGUCUUAUCAUACAAGCCCAAAUCUGUCUGAAGUGGUACAGCACCCCUACCCACACCACAGGUUAGCUGACCACUGCAACUGCUGUCCUGAGAACUGAGAGCCCUCAACUCUAGAAUGGACACUUCUAUAGUCUCCUUGUCCCUCCUGGAAGCUGCCUGGAGUUACUGCAGUAAACCAACACCUUUUGCAUGUGAAGGUAAUGGGCCUGGAUGGGCUGGCUAAGAAAGGAUCUGAGUCUUUGGGAAAUCACUGGUUCUUAUUAUUACUUUGCAACGUUUCCUCAAGUCUUUGUAAAGCGAUGUAUUUUUUCAAUAUUUAUAUGCCUGUGUAAUUUCUUGUAAUAAAGAAACCUAAUUGAA